AUGGAUCGCAAAAACGUUCUCUCCAUCGCAUUGGUCUGCAUUGUCUUCGCCGGCGUCGGAGGUCAAUCUCCCUCCUCAGCUCCGACAACAUCUCCGGUAACAGUCGCAACUCCCUCUGUUUCUCCCGUCGCAGCACCUUCCAAACCAAAAUCACCAGCUCCGGUUGCUUCUCCAAAAGCAUCAGCAUCAACGCCAGCUUCAUCUCCCGUUGCUGUAACCGUCACUCCAGCGAAAUCUCCGGCUGCUCCAGUUCCUGUAGCCAAAUCUCCCGCAGCAACACCUCCAGCUGUUGCUCCAGUCAGUUCUCCACCACCGACACCCGUUCCGGUAUCUUCGCCACCGACACCAGUUCCUGUAUCUUCACCACCGACACCCGUUCCAGUAUCUUCACCACCAGCACCUGUUCCAGUAAGCUCUCCACCUACUCCCGCACCUGCCGUAACACCGACGGCUGAAGUUCCCGCUCAAGCUCCAACAAAACCAAAGAAAAAGACAAAGAAAGGUAAGAAACACAGUGCACCAGCACCAUCACCGUCAUUGUUAGGUCCUCCCGCUCCUCCGGUUGGUGCUCCCGGACCUGGUCUCGAUGCGUCGUCUCCCGGUCCAGCCUCUGCUGCCGAUGAGAGUGGUGCAGAGAGCUUGAAGAAGAUGAUAGGAGGCUUUGCAUUGGCCUUGGCUGCCAUUGUUUUUAUCUUCUAG